AUGGUAGAAAAUACAUCUUCUGAAAAUAGGUCAGCAUUAAGUGCAUUAUUAUCAGAACUUAAUCAGGAAGAAUCUAAUAUCGGUAAAGAAAUUAUCGAACAAAUUAAAGAUUUUAUCCAUUAUAAGUUGACUACUGAACAACAAUCAUUAAUUGAUAAAUUGAUACCAAAUCACGAAUUGAAAACCAGAUAUAGUUUUCAUGGGCUAUUUUUGAGCAAAAGAGAUGCAGAGUUUGCUAUGCAAUAUAAUGAGGUAGUGGAACUCAAUGAAAAUAUUGAACCAAAUACUAUUUCCAGUCCUCAAGCGGUUUACAUAAGUAGGCUCCUUGAUUUCGAUAAUCUUCCUGAACCCCAGAAUUCCAAAUUAAUUAAUAAUGAAUUUCAUUUAGUUAGUGAAACUUUAG